AUUUUUUGUUUUCCUGUUCCCUUAGUGUUUUUUCUUAUUUCUUUUGUAAACAUAUUUAUUUUGCUUUGCAUUUUGCCACAUGCAGUGUGAGCACCCUGAAGGUCUAGACUAAAAACAAUGGUUCUGAUUAGAUUUACCCGGCCACGUGUCCUGGUGUUGCUUCUGAUGGUCCUAGGAGCUAUUGCGACCAGCAUACUUUACAUAUUACACAAAAACAACUAUUGGGGGGUAUUCAGCGUGUGGCCGCCCCCUGGACCAGUCCCGGCGGCAUCACCAAAAAUACCUCCUCGACCUCCAAACCGCCCGCACCGCCUGCCCGUCGAAGAUCAAAAGCUGCUUGACCGCUUAGCAAUCAUUUUCCAGUUACCGGCAACACGGA